GUGAAUGUGCAUUAGUGUCUAUAAAGGAUGGAGGAACUUCUUCUAUGUUAUGGAGAACUAUGCUUUCCCUUCUUCCUGCUUCUGUCUUUUGUCCCUCAUGAGCUCCCUUAGUGCACAACCUGUGACAUCAUCAGUAUGUUGCUAGAAGUUUUUCAAAAUGGCAGAGGCCUGCAGCCGACUGAGGUAUGGUCACUGAUAAACUCUGGACCAAAAGUUUGACAAGACGCAACAGAGGUGUCCUGUGUUUGACCUCAGCUGUGCACUAAGAGCUUCCUGUUUAGAGAAAAGUUUUUUACUGGUUGAGUUGAACUGAACAAGAGACAUGUUUAGUGACUUCCUUAUUUGAAGUGGAAACACACAAACUUUACCCAGUGCCAUGGCUCCGAGGAAUCCGUGCCAAAAUUGUGCACCUCUCUCUUCAUCAAAGUUUAUGAAGACUUAAUGAAUAUGUCUGAAAAUCACAUGUGAUCCUGUCGGCCUCUGAAGCACAUAAAACUGAAGAUGAGUCAAGGGGGGCAAGAGGUCCACGGGACGGGACUGAGAGACGUCUUUGACAUACUAGUCAAAGCACCUCCGCAGCGACUCCUAAGCCUGACAUUCCAGCUGGGCGAGUCUCCUGAAGAUAAUAUCGUACACGCCUUAUGUCUGAUUAUUCUCCAGAAAGAGGAGCGGGCCCUGAACAAACUCCAGAUGCUGAAGGGCAACUACUUAGCUAAACACAUAGCUGAGAAGUGGCAGAACAGUGGAGGCAAAUUAGACGAUUUUGCCGUUCAGUGUGGUCAAGAGCAUCCAGGAGAGCCUUUGUCAGCAUUGCCUCGUAUUUUUAAAGUGUUGUCAGAACAAAGGCUGUGUGAUUCACAUCUGAGGAAUCUGGCGUAUAAGAGAGCCCUCUCCGGUGUCGGCAAUUGUGAGGAUCUGGAGUAUGAUCAACUCAGAGAGGAAGCUAAAGUCGUCUGUGGGCCUGAGUUUGCAGAGAUGAUGUGCUUCCCAAAGGAUCUCAAGUCAGGGUCUUACCGUGAUCCUCUUAGCAGCCUGGGUGGAGGAAGCAUGACUUUAAAAGUUACCCUGUCUCAGGAUCAGUCAGCGAGCGCUCACAGUCUGCCGAGCCCAUUGCAGGUGACCUCUUCAAUGCCCUCAUACCCCACUCAUUUAGAGAUAAGCAUUCCUCCAACAGCCCCAUUUCAAGGCGACAAAAUUACUCCUGAAGCAUCAGGUGAAUCCAAACAACAUGUCCGUGUUAGUGAAUGUGAAGCACCUCGGCAAUCUCACACAUCUGAGCCUAGGUCCAGUCAACCUCCAGCGUUUGGCGCAAAUAAACACUCAAAGAAUGAAUCAUUAACCACAGAGAGCAGCCUUGUCUCUCGGAGUGAGACUCUUAACCAAAUCACCAAACCAACCACUGGACCAAACUUUGCACUACCAGCUGCAGCAAACAUGUUUCUACCCAUGAUGCCUGCUAUGGAUGAAAUGUGUGAAACUAUAGAUGCAGAAGAGGAAGAAGAGGCAACGUUUUAUGCAUUUGUCAUCUUGCAUGCACCUGAGGAUGCAGAUAUGGCCGAGAGCAUGAGGGAGAAACUGGAAACAGUCCUGGAGAGUGAUAGUGAAGGUGCAACUUUCUCUGGGGACUUUGCCCUCCCUGGGAAGAGCACCCUGAGGUGUGUCGAGGAUGCCAUCAGCAACUCGGCCUUCACUAUCCUGCUGCUCACCCACAAUUUCAACACUCGCUUGCUGGAGAUGAAGACGGACUCUGCCCUUAUCAACUCCAUAAACAAAAAAUACAAGCACAACACUGUCAUCCCUCUGCUGCCACGAGAGAACAGCAUGCCCAGACACAGCCUCCCCAUGGUUUUGCAGACAAUAAUUCCACUCGUGGAGGACAAGAGCUUCACGAGGAAAAUACAAAAGGUCUUGUCUCCAGUGAAGAUUAGAAACCAGAAGAAAAUCUGGACUGCAGAGCAGAGGGUGAAAAUGCAGAUAGAGAGGCAGGAGAGACUAAAGCAUUUAAACCAGCACCAGAAGCAGCUGAUCAGAGAGUGUACAGCAGCAGAGUUGCUAGAGACAGAGAAACUCAACCUUUAUAUGGAACAAAGACUUCUUCUCACGCAACCACAACAGGACGGGGGUCAGUGGCAACAACAACAACCAAAUAUUCACAUUAAUAAUGCUAAGUACAUUAUGAUUGGUAAUGAUUCUCGAAUGAAUGUGGAUUUGAGUGGUAGUCCAGACAAUGAAGAUUCAAUUUAUAGAGAGGAAGAGCAAUAACCUUAAUGAUGAAAACAAAGACAUCCUCUAGAGUUGGUGUGUUUGUAGAAAAUGAGAGCAAUAAUCACACUUCUUGUCUGAACACUAAAAUGUCAGGGCUGUUAGAGCCACGGCGAGGUAUUCACUGCAGACUGUUUUAUUGUAUUUAAACCUGUUGGUGAGAGAAAAUUCAAUAAAACCGUUGAAAGUGCAAUUAAGUGCCAUCUUAUGGAUUUCAGAGGACGCUGUAAAGAGAGUCUAUUGAGCAGAACGAGGGCUUCAGAUGAUUAUUUAGCAGAGGACUGCCAUCUACUGACCCAGUGUGUGAUGCAUGCCUCCAGAUCUCACUGACUGUAUGAACCCACUGUGGACACUAGGGAGCGAUGUUGUUACACACUCAGUGCUCCUCAGGAUCUUUGAAGUGCAGUGUCAUCCAGUAGCAUCACUGCUUUGGUUUAUGGGAGCUAAACAAGAUUAAAUAAACUUUUAAUGUCAGUGUUUACCAUAUUAUUUUAAGUGUUCUUGUCUGUGUUUGCAGAUUCAGAUCAUGAAAUUAAUCGUGAAGGUACAGCUUUGUAUAAGAGUAACUGAGUAACUAUGAGCCUUUAACAUUUUUGGUGAGGAGAUCAAGUUUGAAGCAUGCAAUACAGUCUCCAUAAUAUGUUAUAUCCUUGUCUGACCUUGACUUUUAUAUCAUCUCAUCAUCUUCCUGUCUCUGUGACAACUCUCUGUCACGUCUGCUGUCUGAGGGUGACAGCAGCAAAAGUUGGAGAGUUGCCAGUAACCAACAGAGAAAUAUGUCACUGAUAGGCUGAAGUUAAUGCUUACGCUCCUAGAACCUUCCCACAUAUAUCUGACUUUUUGUCUCUGAGACAAACUGCACCCUAAGAUUCUCAGACAGGUUGCUUUUAAUAGUUCAGACUGAAAAUGAGGACAAGCAGUGAGAGAAACUACCUGAGGAGGUCAGGUAAAAACACACUUCCAUGUCUGUUGCUGGAGCCACAACCCAAAUGUAUGUGUAUGCUUGUUUUCUACCUGAUCUGCACCACUGUAACAUCUUAUUUUGCUUUUAAUCAGGAAUAGAAAAAGUAUUCAAACCCUUUAUUGAACAAAUGUAGCAACACACAACUUAAAGUGAACAAGUACUUAAAUAAAAUGUAAAGUGCUUGGUGUUAAAAAGUAGGCUUGUCUAACGUUGACCUUCAGUAACUUGAAUAAAGUCGUCAGCUAAAGUAGUGGAGUACCGAGCACAUUUCUCCCUCUUAUGUUGAGUGGUGUAAAUCUCUACAGCAGGGAUACUUAACUUGCUUUGCCUGGGGGCCACUUUUGCAAAAUGACAGGAGGCCAGGGGCCACUUAGUAAACAUUAAUGUCAUUAACAUAAUAUAUAUCAAAUGAAAUACAUAGACAUGCCCAUAACAAAUACCAAUGCCUGUAGCUCAUCUAAACAUCUUCAAAAAUCUUUAUUUUUUCAAUUAAAUGACUUAUUAACUAAAUCUAUGAACUAAAAUAACUGGCAUUGACACUGUGUGACAGAGAGAUCACAUAUUUUACAGCCAGGUACAGCAGCCCUGCACAGGUGUAUGCAGUGGCAAUGCUAGGGGUUGAGGACUUUCGGGGGCUUUUUAGGGGUUUAGCCUGGACCUGUGUUGGGGCUUUAUGAGAUCCUCCCCCAUUUUUUUAAAAAAUAAAUCUUUUUUUUUUUUUUUUUGCUUUUU